UCGUCUGGACUGGGCGCCUCGAAAAGCGACAUUGCAGCUUUCCAAGCCGGCGGUGACCCUUACGCAGCGUCUCUCUCCCUGCGUCAGAGUUUGCCCCAGGCAGCCACUGAGGGGAGAGCGAUCCCUGCGCGCCUUUCUCCCAGUCAGGGCUCAGGUCCGCCCGUCUUCUCUCAGCUGCCUCCCCCCCCCCGCUCACCCCAUGCUGUCUUUCUGCCCCAGAGUGCCUGGGCGCCCUCUCUCCCCCUCCGCCUCCCUGUCGGGGUGACUCCAGCUCGUCCCCUUCUUCCUUGAUCCGUGUCUCCGACCCCGCUCUGACGUAGCGGGAGACCGAAGGGGGUGGGGGGAGAGGAGGAGGAGGAAGAGGAGGAGGGAUGGAUGACUCACAAUGUUAUGAUGCGGUUCCACAACACACCGCCACAUUCGGCUACAGACGGUGCACAAAAACAGCCCUCGGGCUGCUCUGAAGCUACUGCUGUCCCCUUGCUACGACCCCGCGCGGAGCCACAGCCGGAACAACCGGGGCGGAGAAGAAUCCCCCGGGAAGCAGGUUUCAAGGUGUCUCCCCUUUCGGUCUGGUUCUCAUCUGGGGGGGCCCUGGCAGUGCAGCCCCCCCAAACUUCACUUUUUUGAAAAACGGCUCUAGCCAACCUGCUCCGCUGCUUCACUUGUGAUCGCUUAUGUGGGGGCUGCACAGCGCCAGCUCCCCCACCUCGACAAGGCAUCGCUCUCCAGCCUGUCAUGCCCAGCUGUGAGCCAGUGCCACCAGCUGCCUGUCUCCCUACCAAAACUUUCCGCAGUUACCUGCCCCGGUGCCACCGGACUUACAGCUGUGUCCACUGCAGGGCACACUUGGCCAAACAUGAUGAACUCAUCUCCAAGUCCUUCCAGGGAAGUCAUGGUCGCGCCUAUCUUUUCAAUUCUGUGGUUAAUGUGGGCUGUGGUCCAGCAGAACAACGUCUUCUGCUCACUGGUCUCCAUUCAGUUGCUGAUAUAUUUUGUGAAAGCUGCAAGACUACACUGGGAUGGAAAUAUGAACAAGCCUUCGAGACCAGCCAGAAGUACAAAGAAGGGAAGUACAUCAUUGAGAUGUCCCAUAUGGUGAAGGACAAUGGCUGGGACUGAGAAGGAAGUCUGGGUUCAUACCCUCCUGCGUAGCAUGCCGUGCCCUUUCGUAACCCCAUUGCCACAAGUGGCACCCCAGCACAACCAACCCAGCUACCCUUCCAUCAAUCUCCUGCACAGCAUCAUCCAGGAGAAUGGAGCUUCCAGGAUCUUUCUCCCAAAGCCUCUUUCUGAAAUACUGGACUCACUGUUUGGAGGACUCUACCUGUCCCCUAGAGCAGAAGAGGAAACAUGCAGAUGGUAGAGAGUGGGAGACUAAUGUGGGAGAUUUUGGAUUGGUUUUUCCUUGGCCUGUGUUGGUUAUGUUAUAUCCUGUUAGCAUUUGUCAGCAUAACAGUGUGGCAGCCAGAACUGAGAACCUGGAAUCAGGUGUGAACUUUGCAUCCAUUGUGUAAGAAAAAGAACCAAAAUACUCAAUGCAAUGUGAAUAGUAUGCUUUGGGGGAGGGUCAACAGAUCAGUUUGACACAUAAAAGCUGAAGAGAUCAUCUCCAGUAUCUCUAGCUUAAAUAAAGAAGGGCUGUGGCAGAACUUGGCAUGCCCCUAGAUAACUCUGGACAGAUAAUGUUGACAGCGUUGAGCUGGAUAGAGCAGUGAUUCUGUGCAUUAUAAGGCGGCUUCUUGUUCUUCUCCUUUCUGAGGAGAAAUUAAGAGUGGUACAUCAGCCUGCUGAUAUUGGGCACUGAAGGUUGGAUGGCGUAGAUCACAUGGGGAGAUAAAAGAUAUCCUGAAGUAGGGGACAGAGGAACAGUCUCUCCAAAUGGCAGUUAUUGGUCCCUUUUCCAGACACUGCAAUGGUAUUUUCCCCAGGUUUAUUCUAUGGAGUCCAUUAAUUUAGGUGUGAACCACCGUGUGCUUGUAAUCCCUGAGCACUAUGCCCCUUCUCUCAACUCCCUUACCAUACACGAAGG